UGGAUCGCCAUCUUGCUUUAACCGUUACAAUUUAUACGCGUGGUUUUAUUUUUCUCUUUUUCCCUUUUUUUAGACUUAAUUUAUUCAAUUGGCCAUGGACUGGUCGCUGGUUAUUAAAAUCCUGCUCAAUUGCGUUGCCCUAACGGUGCAUGCCAUGGACGAGGACUGUCCAACGCUGGCCGAUGGCGACAGUUUGUCGCAGACGCAGUUACUUGAUAAAUUAACCCAUGGCUGCCGCUACGAUCGCUUGGAGCGCCCGGUAACCUUCUCGGAAAGCGGCCAGCGCCUGCCCGUCGAUGUCUAUAUGCGGGCAUACAUCUAUUUUAUGCAGAAUCUAGAGGCCCACGAUCUGCAAUUCAAGAUCUAUGCCCUCCUGCAGAUGCGCUAUUUGGAUCCCCGUCUGAAUUUUCGAGGCGUGAGCCCCAAGAGAAAGCAGCCCAUUCUGGGUGAACAGCAGCUGCGGGACUCCCUUUGGAUGCCUCACAUAUUCCUGGCCAAUGAAAGGGACUCCAGCAUUUUGGGCCUUACCGAAAAGGACAUCCUCACCUCCAUUUCCCCCGACGGCACUGUCAUCGUCUCAAACCGCAUCAAGGCCACUCUAUAUUGCUGGCUAAAUCUCAAAAAGUUCCCCUUUGACGAGCAGCAUUGCUCCACGGUGCUGGAGAGCUGGAUGUACAACACAUCGGAGCUGGUGCUACACUGGGAACAAAAGCGACCGAUUACAUACGAUCCUGCCCUCCAUCUUACCGAGUUUGUGCUGCAGAGCUCCUGGUCCAAUGAGACCGUAAUUAAUGCGGAUCUCAGUGAUUUGCGGCAUGGAGCCUUUGCCGGGAAUUACAGCUCUUUAAGCUUCACCGUACACCUCACCCGUGUGGUGGGUUUCUAUUUGAUGGACUACUUUCUGCCCUCCAUGCUGAUUGUGGCCAUAUCAUGGGUCUCCUUUUGGCUGCAGGCGGAUCAGGCGCCGCCAAGAAUCACGCUGGGCACCAGCACUUUGCUGACCUUUAUCACCUUGGCCUCGGCCCAGGGCAAAACCCUGCCCAAGGUGAGCUAUAUCAAGGUGUCGGAGGUAUGGUUCCUGGGCUGCACCAUCUUCAUCUUUGGCAGCAUGGUGGAAUUUGCCUUUGUCAAUACAAUUUGGCGGCGAAAGAACAGUGUGCCCGUGAAGAAGCUUAAUAGCAAGCAUAUCCUCAAGUCCACGUUGUCGCCAAAUCUGCUGAGGCGCCGCAGUAGUCAUGCCAGAUCCCGCUCCUUUUCGGGUAUGGCCCUCCACAGGACCGGGGAUAACGCCUCGCUGGGCGGUGGGCCAGGAUUUAACAAUUAUUUGACCGUCAACCUGCCCAUUACCACAAUCAAAGAAGGUCAAGUUCUGGGCCAGCAGCAGCAGCAGCAAAAUCCGAGAUCCGGCCAUCAAAAGCUGGAUGUCACCUUUGUGGAGAGCGCCUUUGGGCCAAUGGGUGCGGCCAGAUCGGUUGGAACCCUUAGUACCGCAUCGACCACAUCGCAGGGAUGUGCCACCACCACCACCAACAACAACAAUCAUCCGGCUGACACGGCGGCUGAGGAGAUCGAUCUGAGUGGCUGGACCACAUUGACGCCGCAGGAAAUCGCCAUGUGGAUCGAUAGUCGGGCUAGAUUCGUUUUUCCACUGGCUUUCCUGGUCUUUAAUUUGUUCUUUUGGACAUUUGUCUAUUGUAUUUAAUGAUUUAAGCCUUUUAAAUGGAAAAUUGUAAGCCUUAUUUAAUUGUUUUUGCCUUGUUUUGUGGUUUUUAAUGCCAUUUUGUAAAGUAUGUAAUGUUAACUCAUGUAAAUUCUUGUUUAUUUAUGUUUUUUGUAUGCUUUUGUACUCAAUAGUAAACGGUUACGUAUAUUUAUCCCAACAAAAUAAUGUUAAAAUUGAAA